CUCUCUCUUCAGUCUCUCCCUUCCCCAGUCUCUCUCCCCUCCCCCUCCCCCCCUUCUCCCAGGCCCCCAGAGCUCCAAAGUUAGGGUUAGGGUUUUCCUGGGAAAAAAUACCCUAAUCUUUCUCUGCAAUCGAAAGGGAAGGCUUCGGGGUUCAACUCUUCGGGUUUUGGACACCCUUUUAGGUGUUCAGAAAUGGGCUCCUCUUCUUCUUCUUCUUCUUCUUCUUCUUCUUCAGUGAUCAAAUGGCAGUCUUUUCACAAAUCCUUGUCCUCCGUACUCAUACUGAAGCUCUUCUUUCUGCUAUGGGCCUUCUCACUUUGCCUAAGCGGCGUCGUUCUCGCCGAUUCAGACAAAUCGGUGCUCCUCCAGUUCAAGAACUCUGUCUCAGACCCCUCUGGCUUGCUCUCGAGCUGGCACGCCGACAGUUCUGAGCACUGCUCGUGGUUCGGGGUCUCUUGCGACUCGAAUUCACGCGUAGUUUCGCUUAACAUUUCCGGAAAUGGCCGCCAAGGUAACUCGUGUUCCGAUUUAGAUCAAUUUCCGCUUUUUAAUGGGUUUGGGAUUAGAACGAACUGUUUGAACAGUAGAGGAAAGUUGGUCGGGAAAUUGUUGCCUUCGAUUGCUAAGCUCAUUGAGCUUAGGAUUUUAUCACUUCCCUUUAAUGGUUUUGAUGGUGAAAUUCCUGGCGAAAUUUGGGAUAUGGAGAAGCUUGAGGUUCUUGAUCUGGAGGAAAAUUCGGUAACUGGGCCCAUCCCUGUACAAUUCGCGGGGUUGAGGAAUUUGCGGGUUCUUAAUCUGGGUUUUAAUAGGAUUAUGGGGGAGAUACCCAGCUCGCUUUUGAAUUGUGUAACCUUAGAGAUCUUGAAUUUAGCAGGGAACGAUGUGAACGGGACAAUUCCUGGUUUCGUUGGUCGGUUAAGGGCGGUUUAUUUGUCGUUUAAUCGGCUUACUGGGGAAAUUCCUAGUGAGAUUGGGGACAGUUGUGGGAAGCUUGAGCAACUGGACUUGUCGGGUAAUUUCUUGGUCGAUGGGAUUCCAAGGAGUUUAGGGAAUUGCGGUCAGUUGCAGUCUCUUUUGCUUUAUUCAAACAUGUUAGAAGACUUUAUUCCGGCUGAGUUGGGUCGGCUUCGCAGGCUUCAAGUGUUAGAUGUUUCUAGGAAUUGUUUAAGCGGUCCGAUACCCUCUGAGCUUGGAAAUUGUUCCGAAUUGUCCGUCCUUGUGCUAUCGAAUCUCUUUGAACCCCUUCCUGAAGUUAAUAAUGAAAAAGGGGAUUCUUUUUCAGAUCAAGUUGGUUCGGUGAAUGAUGAUUUUAAUUAUUUUCAAGGGGGGAUUCCCACAGAAAUCACAAUGCUUCCUAAGCUGAGAAUAUUGUGGGCACCAAGGGCAACUCUUGAGGACACGUUCCCAAGCAGUUGGGGUGCUUGUGAGAACUUGGAGAUGAUCAACUUGGCUCAAAAUUUUUUCGUUGGGGAAGUUCCCGACUGGUUUAGUCACUGCAAAAAGCUUCAUUUUCUCAACAUAAGCUCAAACAGGCUUACUGGGAAGCUGGUUGAGGGGCUUCCAGUUCCUUGUAUGACCACGUUUGAUGUCAGUGGGAAUUCCUUGUCGGGCACAAUUCCUAAAUUUCUUGGCAGCAGUUGCCCUCCUGUCCCUUCCUUUAAUGGAAGUCCUUCUGAACCUGAAGGUGGCCAGUCCUCACUUUAUCUAUCAUUUUUCUCUUCUAAAGCCCGAGGUGAAAUUCCUUCUCAUUCACUUGGAGUAGACAGUGCUCUUGCCGUUUUCCACAAUUUCAGGCACAAUAACUUUACUGGCACCGUCCAGUUGCCAAUUUCACCUGAAAGAUUAGGAAAGCAGACUGCUUACACAUUUUUGGCUGGAGAAAAUAAGCUCACUGGACCAUUUCCUGGCAACUUGUUUGAGAUGUGUGGAGGGUUGAGUACACUGAUUGUAAAUGUUAGCAACAACAGGAUAUCUGGUCCUAUUCCAGCUGAAUUCGGUACAAUGUGCAAAUCCCUUAAACUUUUUGAUGCAUCUGUGAAUCAGAUUACUGGACCUAUUGCCCCCAGUUUCGGGGAGUUGGUGUCUCUAGUUGCCCUUAAUUUGAGUUGGAACUUACUGCAAGGUCAAAUUCCAAUCAGUCUUAGUCAGAUAAGGGACCUGAAGUAUCUCUAUUUGGCUGGCAAUAACAUGACUGGUUUCAUUCCUUCCAGCUUAGGGCAGUUGCAACAUUUGGAAGAGCUGGACCUUUCUUCAAACUUUCUCACUGGGGAAAUACCAAAAGAUCUUGUAAACUUGAAGCACCUGACCGUUCUUCUGCUUAACAACAAUAAUCUCUCUGGACAGAUUCCUGCCGGUUUGGCCAAUGUAACCACACUCUCAGCUUUCAAUGUUUCAUUCAAUCAUUUGUCUGGGCCGCUGCCAGUGAAUAAUAGCCUAAUGAAAUGCAGUAGUGUUAUUGGUAAUCCAGAUCUAUCGCCUUGCCGUAUGUUUUCUCUGACAGUGCCAUCUUCGGAUCUGCAAGGAAGCAACAGCGAUCCAGGAUCUUAUACUGUUGCUUCACCACCCGGAGUUCCAUCCCAAGGAACUCGGAAUAGUGGUUUCAAUUCAAUUGAAAUAGCGUCCAUAACAUCUGCAUCAGCUAUUGUUUCGGUUCUUCUUGCUCUGAUUUUCCUAUUCUUCUAUACCCGAAAGUGGAACCCGAGGUCCAAAGUUAUUGGAUCUAUCAGAAAGGAAGUAACUGUAUUUACAGACAUUGGGGUUCAGUUAACCUUUGAAAAUGUUGUGCGUGCCACAGGAAAUUUCAAUGCAAGCAACUGCAUUGGGAAUGGAGGUUUUGGGGCAACCUACAAGGCAGAGAUCCCGCCUGGAGGCCUAGUGGCGAUAAAACGGCUUGCAGUUGGACGGUUCCAAGGGGUUCAACAGUUCCAUGCAGAAAUUAAAACUCUCGGAAGGCUCCGCCAUCCAAAUCUGGUUACUUUGAUUGGAUAUCAUGCCAGCGAAACAGAGAUGUUCCUUAUUUAUAAUUAUUUACCGGGUGGUAAUCUGGAAAAGUUUAUCCAGGAAAGGUCCACAAGAGCAGUGGAUUGGAAGAUACUUCACAAGAUUGCAUUGGAUAUAGCCCGUGCACUUGCAUACUUACAUGACCAGUGCGUACCACGUGUCCUUCAUCGCGAUGUCAAGCCCAGCAAUAUUUUGUUGGAUGAUGAUUUCAAUGCUUAUUUGUCAGACUUUGGGUUGGCCAGACUUUUAGGCACUUCAGAAACCCACGCCACGACUGGUGUGGCUGGAACUUUUGGAUAUGUGGCUCCAGAAUAUGCAAUGACUUGCCGUGUUUCUGACAAGGCUGAUGUGUACAGUUAUGGUGUGGUGCUUCUCGAGCUACUCUCAGAUAAGAAAGCUCUGGAUCCUUCUUUCUCUCCAUAUGGGAAUGGUUUCAACAUUGUUGCUUGGGGGUGUAUGCUCCUGCGACAGGGCCGUGCAAAGGAGUUCUUUACUGCAGGGCUAUGGGAUGCAGGUCCCCAUGAUGAUUUAGUAGAAGUUUUACACUUGGCAGUCGUGUGCACAGUCGACUCUCUCUCUACCAGGCCGACAAUGAAGCAAGUUGUACGACGGCUGAAGCAACUUCAACCCCCAUCAUGCUAGGUGCCUUGGACUUUUCAUUAAAU